AUGACCGCCCAGCGAACCCAGUACCAGGUAAAGCGCGAGCCUGAUGUUAUGGUGCCCAUGCGCGACGGCACCCGAUUGGCCACCGACGUGGUGCGUCCCGACGCUCCGGGCCGUUUCCCGGUGCUGAUCAACCGCGGGCCUUACAGCAAGGACAGCUACCUCAACAACCCCGACCAUUCCAUCUGGUUCUUUCCGCGCAAUGGCUACGUGAUGCUGAGCCAGGACGUGCGCGGCCGCUUCAAUUCCGAAGGUGAUUACGACCCGCUAUUCCAGGAAGCCCUUGACGGCUACGACACCGUUGAAUGGGCGGCCCGCCAGCCGUGGUCCAAUGGCCGCGUCGCCACUACCGGCCAGAGCUAUCUUGGCGCCACGCAAUACACCCUGGCCGGCAAGCACCCGUUGCCUCCACAUCUUGAGACCAUGGCCGUCGUUUCCGCUUCGUCGGACUUCCACCAGUCCUGGGUCUACCACACGGGCGGCGCGAUGGAGUGGGGCUGGAACGUGCCCUACGCCAUCCUGAAGGGGCGCAACACCCUGGCGCGCGGCGGGCACGACGCCCUGCUCGCCAAAAUGGAUGAAUACGUCAUCGAGCCCGGCAACUUUGGCCAGCCACUGUCCGACCAAUGGUACCGGCACCUGCCUCUCCGCGACUGGAUCGACCGGCUGAAGGAGGCCGCUCCCUACUUCCACGAAUAUUUCGACGAGGAGCUGGACACUCCAUACUGGUGGGGUCUCAACCUGCAGCGGCAGGCUCGCAACGUGACGAUCCCCAUGUUCCACGUGAGCGCGUGGUACGACAUCUUUCUGGAAGGAGCUCUCAACGCCUACCAAGCAAUCGGAAAGCACGGCGGCAGCGAAACGGCCCGGCGUAACCAGAAGUUGCUCAUCGGUCCGUGGGCUCAUCUGCGCCCCUUUACCGAGCCCACCACCGGCGGCGCCGGCAACAUCGACUUCGGCUCGGAAGCGGCCAUCGAGCUGCACGAUUACCUACUCCGCUGGUACGGCUACUGGCUCAAGGGCGAAGAGACCGGCAUCAUGGACGACCCGCCGGUACGUUUGUUCGUCAUGGGCGACAACCAGUGGCGCGACGAAAACGAAUGGCCGCUCGCGCGCACCCAAUACACCCGCUGGUACUUUCAUUCGGGCGGCAGCGCCAACACCCGCAACGGCGACGGAUCGCUGUCCACGGUGCCACCCGAACCGGAUGAACCCGCAGACCAGUUCACCUACGACCCGGCCGACCCCGUGCCCACCCUCGGCGGCAACACGUUGAUCAUUGAAUAUGGGGUGUUCGAUCAAGGGCCCGCCGAAGACCGGCCGGAUGUCCUUUCCUUUACAUCCGAAGCCCUGGCCUCGGACCUGGAACUCACCGGUCCCAUCGCCGUGACGCUGUACGCCGGAACCUCCGCGGCGGACACCGAUUUCACCGCCAAAUUGGUUGACGUGCGCCCGGACGGGUUCGCCCACAACCUGCAGGACGGUAUCGUCCGUGCCCGCUAUCGCACUUCGGUCCGCGAGCCGUCCUUCGUAACCCCUGGCGAGGUGCACCGCUAUACCAUCGACUUGUGGGCUACCAGCCACGUGGUCAAGGCCGGCCAUCGCAUCCGGGUGGACGUGUCCAGCAGCAACUUCCCCCGCUUCGACCGGAACCCAAACACCGGCGCGGCCCUCGGCGUGGACACCCGGCUCGAGCCGGCUCGCCAGACCGUGCACCAUUCCGCCCGCUACCCGUCGCAUAUCACGCUGCCCGUAAUCCCGCGCUGA